UAUUGUUAAUCUUGUAAUAAGUUUAGCUAAAAUCAUAGUAAAUACAUACAAUAAACUCGGCCAUAGUAGUCAACCUAGAGCGGAAUGAUAGUGAAAUUUAAACUUUAUUGAUCAAACAAACGAACAUAAUUAUAUUUACUCACGUAUGAAUUCCAUCCAGGGGGCAAAGGAGUACUCAUUUUACGGUUCACUGAAAAGAAAUAUACUGAGGAAGGGGAAAACAAAUAUUAUUCAAUCGAGUAAGAAAUUUUGUGUCUUUUAUGUCUUAAAAUGGUUAGACAAGGAGUUUAGUUUGAAGUUCUACGAUGACGUAUUGGACAAGCACAAAUGCAGGGGGCUGUUGCAAAUUUUUUGCUUGAAACAUUUUGCAUACAUUUCGAUGAGAUCACGUGACUAAAAUGUCUAACCGACAGUAUUAACCAUCACCGGUGUAAUACCUAUGCCCGUGAUAAAUCACGUUGCCACCAUAGGUGUUGACAAAAUAAUAC